GUGUGUCCUAACAUCUGGGGCUACCACUGAGAUGCCCAGUAAGCCCUAUGGCCUGGCACCGAGAGAGGCAAGGCAGCUGUGGUCCUAGCAUGUCUGUCUGAAUGGGGAACGGUUGCCAAGGCAUGGAUCCUUUCUGAUCCAAUCAGAGACUAGGAUUCCCUGUGGCUUUUUGUGUGUGUUUACCAGUCACUGCAGCUGGGCAGAGAUCCUGAGGGUGGAGUCUGCUUCCACGUCAAACUGAAGAACCUUGGUGGUCAGUCUUUCUGCAGUUUCGAUCGCUGGUCCUUCUUCAGUUUAGCUCUGAAGGAAACAUUUAGGCCCAUGUGAUGGUGAUGGUUACUCUUAAAGCAGACCUGUAAGGGCUAGUUGUCCUUGGUACAAAAUUCAGUGUGUCAGCGGUAUCCUUGUUACAUUGGUAUCCCAGAAUGCAGUUUGGCAGUGGGAUCCCAUGAAUGGGUGUUCAGCUGUAUGCUAUAACUUUGGGCUGUGGCUGAACCAAUGAGCUACUGGGAAUAGCUGCACCCAAUCAGAUUGUUAGCAUCAAGACAAAUCAGAUUAUGGAGCAUGAUUUGGAUUUGGAGACCUGGUCAUCUCUGGAGUGUGUGAUGCUGGCGCUGGUUCUGAACUCUCACGUGUCUGCAAAGCCUGGUCUGAUGCCCCAAAUGGACUCUGAUUGAAUUACGAGAGUAUCCUCGUUGGAAGAAUAAGAAAUCAAUUUGUAUGCGGCCUAAGGAGACUACUUACUAAACAUGUGAAACCAGCUCUCCAGACCAGAACUCCACUCUCUUUGAAGGAGGAAAAAAGAAAGAAUCCGCUUUCAAGGAAGUUCUUCAGAACACUGAUCUUUGACAAAACGGACGGCCUAUCAAGUUCUCAUUUUCAAGCAUCAUGCAGAGAUCAGAGAACAACCCGGCACAUCAGCUGCCGUAGUCCCCGGUGAUGAAGCUGUCCUUUUGACCCCAGGGAGGAUGAGCCAGCGCCAGGGGAAAGAGCGGGAGAAGGAGAAGGAGGCGGGGCUGCAGACCCCCAGCAGAGAGCUUCUCGCCAGCCCCUCAUCCCUCAGCCCCGGGGUCAGCUACAGCCACGGUUUCGACAGGGGGAAAGAAGACCUGCCCUUGCCGCUGAAAGAAGAUUCAUCCCACUCUAUAUCGAAGAGCAAGUCGGAGACCAAGCUGUACAAUGGCUCUGACAAGGACGUGUCAGCUUCCGGGAGCAAGCUCACCAAGAAGGAGUCUCUCAAGGUGCAGAAGAAGAACUACAGGGAGGAGAAGAAGAGAGCCACCAAGGAGCUGCUCAGCACCAUCACUGACCCCUCCGUCAUCGUCAUGGCCGACUGGCUCAAGAUCCGGGGCACGCUGAAGAGCUGGACCAAGUUGUGGUGCGUGCUGAAGCCCGGCGUGCUCCUCAUCUACAAGACCCACAAGAACGGCCAAUGGGUGGGCACCGUGCUGCUGAACGCCUGCGAGCUCAUCGAGAGGCCCUCCAAGAAGGACGGCUUCUGCUUCAAGCUCUUCCACCCCCUGGAGCAGUCCAUCUGGGCUGUCAAGGGUCCCAAAGGGGAAGCGGUGGGCUCCAUCACGCAGCCAUUACCCAGCAGCCACCUCAUCUUCCGAGCUGCCUCCGAGUCUGACGGGCGGUGCUGGAUGGAUGCUCUGGAGCUGGCUCUGAAGUGCUCCAGCCUGCUGAAGCGGACCAUGAUCCGGGAGGGCAAGGAGGAGCUGGCCAGCUCUGGGGAACACUCCCACAUCAACUUCUACAGCCUGCUGAGAGCCCACAACAUGCAGGGCUUCCAGUUCAACGACAGCGACCAGUUCAAAGACCCGGACCUGUACUCAGACAAGUCCGACCGGGAGAACGAGCCGGACCACGAGGAGUCGGACCCGGAGGGCCUGGAGAAGAGCGAGGAGAGCGACAGCGACACGUCGGAACGCCAGGACGACUCGUACAUCGACCUGGACGAGGCGCUGCGGGAGACCCCCUACCUGGAGCAGUCUCACGAGGAGCUGGGAGAGGCUGGCGAGGCGUCCCAGACGGAGACGGUGUCGGAGGAGAACAAGUCUCUGAUCUGGACCCUGCUGAAGCAGGUGCGACCGGGUAUGGACCUGUCCAAGGUGGUGCUGCCCACCUUCAUCCUGGAGCCCCGCUCCUUCCUCGACAAGCUCUCCGACUACUACUUCCACGCAGACUUCCUGUCAGAGUCUGCAGUUGAGGAGAACGCCUACAACAGGAUGAAGAAGGUGGUGAAGUGGUACAUCUCUGGGUUCUACAAAAAGCCAAAGGGACUAAAGAAGCCGUACAACCCCAUCAUCGGCGAGACUUUCCGCUGCAUGUGGCUCCACAGUAAGACCAACAGCAAGACCUUCUACAUCUCUGAACAGGUGUCCCAUCACCCCCCGGUGUCGGCCUUCUACGUCAGCAACAGGAAGGACGGCUUCUGUCUCAGCGGCAGCAUCCUGGCCAAGUCCAAGUUCUACGGGAACUCCCUGUCGGCCAUACUGGACGGAGAGGCUCGUCUGUCCUUCCUCAACAGGGGCGAGGACUACGUGAUGAACAUGCCCUACGCCCACUGUAAAGGUAUCCUGUAUGGCACCAUGACCCUGGAGCUGGCAGGUCAGGUGACCAUCGCCUGUGAGAAGACAGGCUACAGCGCCCAGCUGGAGUUUAAACUGAAGCCGUUCCUGGGCAGCAGUGACAGCGUGAACCAGAUCUCCGGGAAGAUCAAACUGGGGAAGGAAGUCCUGGCCACGCUGGAGGGACACUGGGACAGUGAGAUCUUCAUCAACGAUAAGAAGACAGGGGUGGUGGACACGUUCUGGAACCCCACCCCUGACCUGAGGCAGAGCCGGCUGACUCGCUGCACCGUGCCCCCGGAGGAGCAGGGCGAGUACGAGUCUGAGAGGCUGUGGCAGCAUGUGACUCGAGCCAUCAACAACAAGGACCAGACCGAGGCCACCAACGAGAAGUUCAUCCUAGAGGAGGCCCAGAGGAAGUCUGCCCGAGAGCGCAAGGCCAAGUGUGAGGAGUGGGUCCCCUCUCUGUUCGAGCAGGACUCCGUCACUGGGGAGUGGCAUUACCGCUAUGCCGACACCCGUCCGUGGGAUCCUCUGAACGAUAUGAUUCAGUUUGAGAAAGACGGCUGGAUCCAGACUAAGGUUCGCCACCGCACCCCUAUGGUACGUUCUGCCAGUGUUAUUAGUCUCAGUAACCAGGGGCCGCGGAGGGACAAUUGCAAGUGCCAGGUGACGGGGCCAAAGAGAAAGCACAAGCAGAGCGACAAGCCGAAGAGUCCUGAGAGCGGCUGCUCCUCUCCUGAGCCCGACCGCCAAGACUCCUCUGGCAGCGAACGACAUAAGAGCAAGCACACCAGCCGCUUAAGGAAGAAAGGAACCGACCUCAGUGAACUUCAAAGUGCCAUUGAUUCUAUCAAAAAAACACAGGAGGAUAUUAACAGGAGUAUCAGUGUGCUGCGUAGCCGAGCUGCGGGGCAGACGGCGUCCGAGGGAGGCUUCCUCCAGCAGAGAGACUACGCCAUCAUCAUCUUCCUCAUCUUCGUUCAGGUCUUCAUCAACCUCCUCUUCAAGUAGCAGCAGCAGCCAUAGCCCUCGGAGAGGGAGAGAGAUGGAGAGUCACACACACACACGCUCGUCCAACUCCAGGACUCUACAGGGGGUCUACAGACCAAGGAGUAACAGGGACUUGACCUGCCUCCAAAACCCCAAACAUGACCCCCGACCCUCCCUCGCCCCUGAAAACUCUCUCUUCUCUUAUAAACAUCCUAAACGAAGGGCCGCAACCACACACGUCCGGAACACAAGCCCUCCUGAGGAAGACACGACACAUGAACACUGUUUUUAAAGUCUAUUUAUUUUUUACUUGCUCGCUGUUACCACGGACAACUGUAAGAUCCAUAUUUUUCACAAAGGAGACUGGGGCGAGGUGGUCAUGGCUUGAAAGGGGAGAGUGUGGCAUAUCGUCUUAAACUUUUUCCCAUCCUAUGGAAUAUGAAAAGCUUGGGCGUGAGCGCUGGUGUGGUGGAGGCCAUUUCAAUUUGAGAACAGACCGGUAUUUCACCUUUUGAGAAGGCUGUUCUCCCCCGGCCUCCGACAGCUCCCCACACACAGGGAAUGAUUUACACCGAAGUCAUGAGAAGUCAUGAAAAACAUGUUUUAUUUUAUUAUCAUUUUUUAAGAUGUUUUUCUUUUCCCCUUUUGUUUGGUGUGUCCUUUUUGUGAGUAGGCUUUGACUUGGAAAAAGGGAGCAGGGGAAAAAACACGUUGAAGUGGUCCAAAUAUAUGUGACUUUUCUGAAUUAUUUUCAAAAUGGCUCGAAUUUCUCAAUUUGACGGCAAAACGAGACCGGAAAAAAAUAAAGGAAGGCAAACUGUAACAAAAAAAAGAAGGUUAAGAGAAUAAUUUCCUGAAUUCUUCAUUCUUAAUUUGCUGUUCAAAUCAAAGGAAAUAUUCCUCUCAUUUUGCAUACAAGGACAAUGUAAAAACAUAGAUGCUUGACAUGAAGUAUAUCUCUGAUUAG